AUGGUGGUGCCCACGAAGACUGCCCUCUUCACCAUGGUCAACACGGAUCCUCAGUGCUUCUGGUUGACGAACUUCCUUGAGACCCUCUUGGUCCAGGUGUGGUAUCCGAUGACCGUUUGCAGCAACAGCCGCUACCAGAAGCUGUCCAUUCACAAGGCCGGCGAGAGCCAAAAAAACCCUAAACCCUAUUAA